AUGGCCAGAUUGAUCCAAUCGCUGGCGGCUGUGGCGGCAAUUCUUGCCACGGGAACAUCUGCCACGGGUGAUCUUUCGGUCCUGACCGGCGAGAUUGGGCGCCAAAACAACGAGAGUUUGUUUUGGGGUCCGUACAAGCCCAAUCUGUACUUUGGCGUCCGGCCUAGACUGCCACAGAGUUUGUGGACGGGAUUGAUGUGGGGGAGAAUCGAAGAGUACAACGAUGUCAAGGAUGGCCUGAGAUAUACUUGCGAACAAGGCGAAGAUAUUCACGGCUACGGAUGGGACGAGUAUGACGCACGGAGCGGUGGUAUACAAACCAUUCACGACAAGGGCAACAAGAUUGACAUUACCACAUCGUUUAGUAAAAUCCCUGGUGGAAGCAAUGGUGGCAGCUGGGCUGUCAGGAUCAAGGGGCAACUACAUGAGGAUGCGCCGGCGGACCACAAGACAGUCGUAUAUUACUACAUCGCACAAGAAGGGAAAGGCGAGCUCGCGGCCCAAGGUGAAGGUGACGAGCUCGGAUAUAAAGGCGAUACCACCUUCAUCGGAAACUCGGAGGCUUUGGGUGACUACAAGAUUGUUGUUACCGAAGGAAAUGGGAAAUAUCCUGCCGGGGACCAUGAGAUUUCCGCCUCUCGCCCCGGAGAUGUUACCUUGGUGCACAGCGCCGAGGUUUCAGAGGAUGCUAUUUGGCAGGCUGUGCCUUUGCUGUUCCAGCAGCUACAACCUGCAGCCAUGGCUGUACAGGAAGAGUAUGGCAUGGAGAAUCCACCGCCAGCGUGGCAGGUUUAUCGUAUGGCACAUCAGCCUGGAAAAGGCAACUCGCAUAUUCUCCAAAGAACGUACGAAGGCUCGUUUGAAUUUGACGUCAUUUUCUCAUCUGCGUCUGCUGGCAAGGAAUUGACCAAGGAGGAUGUCACAAACACUAUUGCAGCGACAUCUAGCGCCUUUGCGGAUCGAUUUUCGACCAUCUUUGAGCUCAAGACACCAUUCGACGGCGAACAGUAUCAGCAGUUUGGCAAGAGCAUGUUCUCCAACCUUCUUGGUGGUGUGGGAUACUUUCACGGAAAGCAGGUGAUUGAUCGAUCGUAUGCGCCAGAGUAUGAAGAGGAGAGUGAGGGCUUCUGGGAGGAAACUCGCCAGGCUAGAGAACGCCAAGCCCAGGCACUCGAAGGGCCGUAUGAGCUGUUCACAAGUGUUCCAUCUCGGCCCUUCUUCCCUCGAGGCUUUCUUUGGGAUGAAGGUUUUCAUCUUGCUCCUAUUGCCGAUUGGGAUAUGGACUUGACACUCGAGGUGAUUAAGAGCUGGUAUAACACGAUGGAUGAGGAUGGCUGGAUUCCUCGAGAGCAGAUUCUUGGGCCCGAGGCUCGCACCAAGGUUCCUGAAGAGUUUCAAGUUCAAUAUCCGCACUACGCCAAUCCACCUACGCUCUUCCUCGUGAUUGAGGAUUUCAUGGAGCGCCUCCGCAAGACCAACGGAACGCAGCCGUCGGGCAAAGAGAAGUUGGCGCAGGAAAGAAAAAACCCUCUGCACACGGCACAUUUGAACAAUAUGGAGCUUGGCGAGGACUAUCUCCGAAAGAUGUAUCCUUUGCUGAAGCGCCAGUACGACUGGUUCCGCAAAACGCAGCGCGGCGACCUCAAGGGCUACGACCGGGAGGCGUAUUCAUCAAAAGAGGGCUACAGGUGGCGAGGAAGAUCCGAGUCACACAUCUUGACAAGUGGUCUCGACGACUAUCCUCGGCCACAGCCGCCACACCCUGGUGAGCUGCAUGUCGACCUCAUGUCGUGGGUUGGCUUGAUGACGAAGUCGCUGAAGAAUAUUGCCGAGGCCCUAGAUAUGAAGGAAGAUGUGGCGGAGCUGGCCAAGACCCUGGAUGCUAUUGAACACAACCUCAACGACUUGCACUGGUCAGAAAAGGACGGAUGCUUUUGCGACGCCACAAUCGAUGAUUUUGAGGAGCACCAACUUGUCUGCCAUAAGGGUUACGUGUCACUGUUUCCUUUCAUGGUAGGACUGCUCAAGCCAAAUGACCCGAAGCUCGGCAAGAUUCUGGACCUGGUGGCCGAUGAGGAGCAACUCUGGAGUCCACACGGCAUCCGCAGCCUCAGCAAGCAGGACGAAUUUUACGGAACAGGCGAGAAUUACUGGCGCAGUCCGAUCUGGAUGCCCAUGAACUACAUGGUAGUGAAACAGCUGCAGAGCGUCGCAAAACAGGAGGGUCCGUACCGAAGCAAGGCACGGGACAUGUACAACAGACUCCGAAAGAACCUCGUGGACACGGUCUACAAGAGCUGGAAGGAGACGGGGUUCGCGUGGGAGCAGUACAACCCCGAAACGGGUGCCGGACAAAGGACUCAGCAUUUCACGGGGUGGACGAGUCUCGUGGUGAAGAUUAUGGCCAUGGAUGAUUUAAGCGAGCACGGCCGAGAUGAGCUGUAG